AUGGAAAAAUGCGAAUUUCCAGUAAAAUUUGUACAAAUUACAGAAUUACAAAAUUACAGAAUUACAGAUACAUUUACAUAUUACAGAAUUGCAGAAUUACAGGAUAUUCAAAUACCAACAGAUGAUUGUCCUCAUUUGGAUCCCUAG